CCCACCAUCUCUUAUACCAUCCGCCUCCGCCCCCGCCCACCAUGUCCACCUUUGCCUCGCGCAAGAGGGCCACCAAGAAGGGCGUUUCCUUCACCCUCAUGGUGGUUGGAGCAAGCGGGACAGGUGAGCAUCCGUGGGAUUCCCGGUUUCCCUUCAUGCUGGGAUCCCUUCCGUCGGGGGGGGGGGCGCUUGAACCAAUGCAUGGAGAGCCACGCAACCCGAAAGGAUGGCGUUGCAGACGCAGGUCGGCGGGAACGAGAUCAUACGCAGCUGAAAAAAGGGAAAAGCGUACAGCACUGCAGGAAGGGCAAGGAGGACACAGACUCGGGGCUAUCGUGCGCAGGUUUGGACGAGCAUGGCAUCCCGAUCAUUAUUAGAGCUUCUUUAACCGCUGCAGGUCGAAUCUGUCCGGCUCAAGCAACGCUGGAAAAGGACAGAUGGAACGAUGAAGCGCUUAGAUGGGUCGAGCUGGCAGACUGUGGAAGAAGGAAGGCUGCCUCUACAUUCCUGCCCACCACCCUGCCCUCCUCCAUCACCUCAGCUGCGCGGCGUGCUGACUACAUGUUGCACCUCCACUUACUUGCAGGCAAGACGACGUUCGUCAACACUCUGUGCGAAGGAGAAGUCAUCGGACACAAGAUCAGCGACAACCCAGAGACAGCCCACGUCGAGGAGGGCAUUCGCAUCAAGCCUGUGAAUGUCGAGCUCGAGGAGGACGGCAUGAGGAUCGGCCUGACCAUCGUCGACACACCCGGCUUUGGCGACAACAUUGACAAUGAGUACUCAUUCCAAGAGAUCGUCGGCUUCCUCGAGCGCCAGUACGACGACCUGCUCGCGGAGGAGUCGCGCAUCAAGCGCAGCCCGCGGUUCCGCGACAACCGCGUGCACGCGCUGCUCUACUUUAUCACCCCGACGGGUCACUCACUGCGUGAGAUGGACAUUGAGUUGAUGCGCCGCCUCAGCCCACGCGUCAACGUUAUCCCCGUCAUCGGCAAGGCCGACACGCUGACCGCGACAGAGCGUGCGGCGUUCAAGAAGCGCGUCGUCGAGGACAUUGAGCACUAUGGCAUCCCUGUGUACAACUUCCCCUACGAUGUCGAGGAGGAUGAUGAAGAGACCAUUGCGGACAACUCAGAGCUGCGCGCGAUGAUGCCCUUCGCCAUCGUCGGCUCCGAGGAGGAGGUUGUCGUUAACGGCGAGUCGAUCCGUGCGCGUCGCUACCCUUGGGGAAUCGUCGAGGUGGACAACCCGAAGCACUCGGACUUUACGCGCCUGCGCUCUGCCCUGCUCAAUACGCACCUGGCCGAUCUGAAGGAGAUCACGUCAGACUUUUUGUACGAAAACUACCGUACCGAGAAGCUCUCGCGCACCGUUAACCCUGCGUAUGCAGACUCCUCCAUUCCCGGCGAGGAGCUGGCAAACCAGAGCGUCCGACUCAAGGAGGAGCAGCUUCGUCGCGAGGAGGACAAGCUGCGCGAGAUUGAGCUCAAGGUGCAACGCGAGAUCAUGGAGAAGAGGCAGGAGCUUCUCGCAAAGGAAGAGUCGCUCAGGCACCUCGAGACAAGGCUCGCGCAGCAAAACCAGGAAACCGGCGCCCACUAAGCGCUGCCCGCGCCCACAGCUCGCUGUGCGGACUUGGGCCUAUGGACGGUGGAUGCAUGCAAAGGGAAGCCCCCGCACGGAUCGGAAGGCAGGCAACUCUCCUUCCAUGUCAAUGUGCGCACGCUCGAGUCGGGAGCCCUUGCGGCGCCCCCUUUGUGAAAUAUUUUCUGUGUUCCGUUUCUUUAUGGUCUAACGACAAAAUCAAAUCGGACUGUCACUUUCCUCUCUUUUUUUCGAUAUUGAGCCGUCGCGUUCUACACCGAUUGGCGGGUAUCCUUUUUCGCAAAGAGGAUUGCAUACUGUGAGACCUUGUUCCACGCUGCAAAAGUAAAUGUCCGUGUGCACUGGUGCGGCGGAGGUUGUUUAUGCUGCCUAGUGUACAUGAGCG